GCACUGACCAGGCGGAACCUUUUGAAACGCCUCCCGUAAACAAGCGCAGCGGGGGACACUGGAGGAGGACGCACACCGCUCUCCGCGUGCUGUUUGCCUGGAGCCGCACGGGCGGAUGUGAACAUUCUCCCGAUUUCUUCCUCUACCGCGAAUGGAAUGGACGUGCUAGCUGAGGAGUUUGGGAGCCUGACUCCGGAGCAGCUGGCUGCCCCGAUCCCGACUGUGGAGGAAAAAUGGAGGCUGCUUCCAGCAUUUUUAAAGGUCAAAGGCCUGGUGAAACAGCACAUAGACUCCUUUAACUACUUCAUUAAUGUAGAGAUAAAGAAGAUAAUGAAAGCCAAUGAAAAGGUUACAAGCGAUGCUGACCCUAUGUGGUACUUAAAAUACCUUAAUAUCUAUGUUGGACUUCCUGAUGUGGAAGAAAGCUUCAAUGUAACCCGACCCGUGUCCCCUCAUGAGUGCCGUCUGAGGGACAUGACAUACUCCGCCCCAAUCACGGUGGACAUUGAGUACACCCGAGGCAGCCAGAGGAUAAUCCGCAACGCCUUACCCAUUGGCAGAAUGCCCAUCAUGCUCCGAAGUUCAAACUGUGUUCUGACCGGGAAAACUCCAGCAGAGUUUGCCAAAUUGAACGAGUGUCCAUUAGACCCAGGUGGCUACUUCAUUGUGAAAGGAGUGGAAAAAGUCAUUCUUAUCCAAGAGCAGCUGUCCAAGAACAGGAUCAUCGUAGAGGCCGACAGGAAAGGGGCCGUUGGAGCGUCAGUUACCAGCUCCACCCAUGAGAAGAAAAGUAGAACCAACAUGGCGGUGAAGCAGGGGCGAUUCUACCUGAGGCACAACACGCUGUCUGAAGAUAUACCCAUUGUCAUCAUAUUUAAGGCCAUGGGUGUUGAGAGUGACCAGGAAAUCGUGCAGAUGAUUGGAACAGAGGAGCACGUGAUGGCCGCGUUUGGGCCCAGUUUGGAGGAGUGCCAGAAAGCCCAGAUCUUCACCCAGAUGCAGGCGUUGAAGUAUAUAGGGAAUAAAGUAAGAAGACAAAGAAUGUGGGGAGGUGGACCAAAGAAAACCAAAAUAGAAGAAGCAAGAGAACUCCUGGCUUCUACCAUUCUGACCCAUGUACCAGUGAAGGAAUUCAAUUUCCGAGCUAAGUGUAUCUACACUGCAGUGAUGGUGCGAAGGGUGAUCCUGGCCCAAGGAGACAAUAAAGUCGAUGACAGAGACUAUUACGGCAACAAGCGACUGGAAUUGGCAGGACAGCUCUUAUCUCUUCUUUUUGAAGAUUUAUUUAAAAAGUUUAAUUCAGAAAUGAAGAAGAUUGCAGACCAAGUGAUUCCUAAACAAAGAGCAGCCCAGUUUGACGUCGUGAAACACAUGCGCCAAGACCAGAUCACCAAUGGCAUGGUCAAUGCCAUCUCCACGGGAAAUUGGUCUCUGAAGAGAUUUAAGAUGGACCGGCAGGGCGUGACCCAGGUGCUGUCUCGCCUGUCGUACAUCUCCGCACUCGGCAUGAUGACAAGAAUCUCUUCCCAGUUUGAAAAGACAAGAAAAGUGAGCGGCCCUCGCUCUCUGCAGCCGUCUCAAUGGGGAAUGCUCUGUCCCUCCGACACACCUGAAGGAGAGGCCUGUGGUUUGGUUAAGAACUUGGCCCUCAUGACACAUAUUACAACUGACAUGGAAGACGGACCCAUUAUUAAGUUAGCUGGGAACUUGGGAGUAGAAGAUGUGAAUUUAUUAUGUGGAGAAGAGCUCUCUUACCCAAAUGUGUUUCUUGUCUUCCUGAAUGGUAACAUCCUAGGUGUCAUCCGAGACCAUAAAAAGCUCGUCAGCACAUUCCGGCUGAUGCGAAGAGCAGGAUAUAUCAAUGAAUUCGUUUCCAUCUCCACAAACCUUACGGAUCGCUGUGUUUACAUUUCCUCUGAUGGCGGGCGCCUGUGCAGGCCUUACAUAAUUGUCAAGAAACAGAAGCCAGCAGUCACCAAUAAGCAUAUGGAGGAGUUGGCUCAAGGCUACAGGAAUUUUGAAGAUUUCUUACAUGAGAGUCUAGUUGAAUACUUAGAUGUGAAUGAGGAAAAUGACUGUAACAUCGCUCUCUACGAACACACAAUUAAUAAAGACACCACCCACUUGGAGAUCGAACCCUUCACUCUGCUCGGGGUCUGCGCUGGCCUGAUCCCAUACCCUCAUCACAACCAGUCCCCACGGAACACCUACCAGUGUGCCAUGGGCAAGCAAGCCAUGGGUACCAUUGGAUACAAUCAGCGGAACAGAAUUGAUACACUUAUGUAUCUCCUAGCAUAUCCACAGAAACCCAUGGUUAAAACCAAAACAAUCGAGUUGAUAGAUUUUGAGAAGUUGCCAGCAGGCCAGAACGCAACUGUGGCCGUGAUGAGUUACAGCGGCUAUGACAUUGAAGACGCUCUGGUUUUGAACAAGGCCUCUCUGGACAGAGGUUUUGGGCGUUGUCUUGUAUAUAAAAAUGCUAAGUGCACCUUGAAACGAUACACCAAUCAGACCUUUGAUAAGGUGAUGGGUCCCAUGUUGGAUGCUGCUACCAGAAAACCCAUCUGGCGACAUGAAAUUUUAGAUGCAGAUGGCAUUUGUUCUCCAGGUGAGAAAGUGGAAAACAAACAGGUGCUUGUAAACAAGUCCAUGCCCACCGUGACUCAGAUUCCCUUGGAGGGGAGCAGCGUGCCACAGCAACCACAGUAUAAAGAUGUGCCCAUCACGUACAAAGGUGCAACAGACUCCUACAUCGAGAAAGUGAUGAUCUCCUCCAACGCAGAAGACGCCUUCCUCAUCAAGAUGCUCCUGAGACAGACGCGGCGUCCGGAGAUCGGAGACAAAUUCAGCAGUCGCCAUGGACAAAAGGGUGUUUGUGGCCUGAUCGUCCCCCAGGAAGACAUGCCAUUCUGUGACUCUGGCAUCUGUCCCGACAUCAUAAUGAACCCACACGGCUUCCCGUCGAGAAUGACGGUUGGAAAGUUAAUCGAGUUGCUGGCUGGCAAGGCGGGCGUGCUAGACGGCAGGUUCCACUAUGGCACGGCCUUUGGGGGGAGUAAGGUGAAGGACGUGUGUGAGGACCUCGUUCGCCAUGGUUACAACUACCUGGGGAAGGACUACGUCACCUCAGGCAUCACCGGUGAGCCCUUAGAAGCAUACAUCUAUUUUGGACCCGUGUACUAUCAGAAACUGAAACACAUGGUGCUGGAUAAAAUGCAUGCGCGGGCCAGAGGACCACGAGCUGUCCUCACCAGGCAGCCCACUGAAGGGCGAUCCCGCGAUGGCGGCUUGCGUCUUGGAGAGAUGGAGCGAGACUGUCUUAUUGGCUAUGGAGCGAGCAUGCUUUUGCUAGAGAGGCUAAUGAUCUCCAGCGAUGCCUUCGAGGUUGACGUCUGCGGGCAGUGUGGACUCCUGGGAUAUUCUGGCUGGUGCCACUUCUGCAAGUCUUCGUGCCACGUGUCCUCCCUCCGCAUCCCGUACGCCUGUAAGCUGCUCUUCCAGGAGCUGCAGUCCAUGAACAUCAUCCCCAGGUUGAAACUGGCCAAGUACAAUGAGUAAGGUUGUGCAGUGCUCACGAGGAGAGGGGCGGCCAGCCGGCGGCCUGUGCAGCCCAAGGCAGGGGCUCUCUGUGACGUCUGUGCUCAUUCUGCUUCACGGAGAACUGUGAGGAGGAGGAGAGGCGGCAGCAGCAGCUCCCUGAGUUCCAGAGGUUGGCAUGACACCCGUGACCUGGAGCCUCGAGCCGCAGGAGGUGCUGGGCCCCACACACACAGCCCUGUGUGGAAUCACACAGACGGACACGAGCUAGAGAGAGUACCAGUGCCUGUUAAUUUUGUUGUUUGUUCGUCUGUCUGUCUAUGUUGAGUUGGAGUCUCACUCUGUAUCCCAGGCUGGAUUUGAACUUACUUCAACCCUCCCUGCCUUCGUCUCCCACAAGUACUGGAUCAUGGCUAUGAGCCAGCAUAUCUGGUUUAUGAUACUGUGUUUUUAAAUGUUCUUAUUAGAAAAUCUUUCCUCCUUAAAAUUCCCUCUGACAUCUUCUGGUUAACAGAACCCUGGUUCUCGUCAGAUGUGGAGGAGGUAAAGAAUCGUUUGAGUUGGGACUAAGAAGUUAGCACUGUCAGUCAAAUGCCUGUUACAUAUGUAUGACCUGACUUAACCCCCAGCAACCCAUGUAAGCCCAUGCGUGGCACCUAGCACCCGUGUAAAAGUUCGAUACUGUGGGGUGGGGUGGGGUGGGGAGCAGACAGGCAGACCCCUGCAGCUUUGUGACCAGCAGUGGAGCUGUGUACUUCAGGGUCAGGGAGAGACCCUGUGUCAGAGGUUGAAGUGGACAGUGACUGAGGAGGACCCCAGUGUCCCUCUGGCUUCCACACACACAUACAAAGAAUGGCUAGAUUUGUGGGUACAAGUUUUGCUGAGAUGAGAAGAAAUUAACUCUCAGGGGCAACAAGUGACAAAUGUGACUGUGGAAGGCCAGCGGUCACAGCACUGUCACGCACUGAGAGAGACUUCGGGUUGAUGGAAUGAAAUGAGCACAGCCUGCUUCUUUCUUGAUCCACCUUCUUUUGAGCCUCCAGAAUUCCUGGGUCUAAUCCAGACUCCUGGUCAUUUCCUCAGAUCUUGCCCGUUCCAUUGCUACCAGGAAGUUAGUUGUCUGUCCAUUCUCUUGGUUUAUUCUUUUUUUUUUUUUUGAGUUUAAAAUUAAACUUUAAUCUUUUCAAAGUAAAUGAAUAGAGGUUAGAAAUUAAUAGAGGUUAAAUAAACCAGACAGAGAAAUCAGACAAGGAAAUGGGCAGACAGACAGAAGAGGGCUGGUGAUAGUUGGCUGUGGUCAGAUCUCCGUCUUAGAGAUGAGGUCAUCACAGAUCCUGGUCAGCUCAUUAUCUUCUUUAGUCUUCUGCUCCACAGUCUUCUCCCGUGAGUGGCUCUGCGUUUGUGCCUUCCUCGGGCGUGCCUGGAAAGCCAGGCCUCUGGCUCUCCUCCUUGGGCGCUCUCCUCCUCUGCCAGCCCGAGCGUUCCUUCUGCCUGGGCCUGCAGCGCCAGCCGGGUACCUCUGGCCUUCCUUUCCAGUCUUCGCUCUGGAUUCAACACACUUCUUCAGGGACUCUUCGUUCUUCUGGUCGCCUUCAGUCUCUUCCUUCUGCUUCUCAAACUGCUUGAAACGCUCAGAGAAGGACUUCUCCCUGGAGUUCAGGUCUGCAUUAAGUUGGUCUCUCUUUUAAAAGCGUUUAGAUUUUGUCUUUGGCUAGUUCUGUUUCACAGCCUCCUCUACUGAUUUGUACGCAUCUUCUCAAACUCAUCCAUGAUCUUCGCCACCUCCAAAUACUUCAUAUUGAGGUCCUCACGCUUGCUUUUCAACUCCGAGUUCUCUUGCUGCAUCGCAUUCACCACUGCAUCCGGGUCUCUCUGUCUGCGUCUCAGCACAUGCACAGUAGGUGCAGCAGGAAGGGCACACGGGUGGGGCUGAUACAGGAGCAUCCAGACAGACCUCCCAAGAAAUCGAAGUCGACAAGCUUGCCUUCAGCCGGAUUUCCAGACCCACAGAUACGCAAGACCGACAUUCUCUUCUAGAAGGGGGUCAGAGUUCCAGUCAAAGGCUGCUUCCUCCAGGCUCGACUCCUUCAAGGAGGAAGUUGCAGCGUGCUCCAGAUCGUCCACCUGAGCACCAGUUCCUAGAGCAACAGUCACCUGUUGCCCUCAGUGAGAGCUCUCCUGUCAUCUUCUGAAGGACUUUGAAGGUCACAUCCCAGGCUUGAUUCUCCCCAUAACAUCUCAGAAGUAAGUCGGCAAGAUCUUCCCAAGAUGCUUCCUUCACUUCAGUCCAAGAAAUGUUUCCGUUUCAGAAUCUCCUGUAUGAGAAAGUCCUUAAACUUCAUGAAUCCCUUCUUGUUUAGUUCUCUCAAGUACUACAUAAGGCCAAAAUCCGAAAUGAAAGAUGCCAUCUUGUCUUCAGGAAGACAGACACAGUAUUUCAAAGUCAGAAAAAGCCAGAUAACAGUCGGAAGGAUUGUCUGUGGAUUCUGCCGGAGUGAGUCCUCUGUGGGAGGAAUCAGACAAGUAAUGAUACUUUUCCUGGUUCUGGUGGGCCUAGAUGUCCUCUUGGGUUAGUCUUCACUGUUGUACCCUGAUGCCAGAUAAAUAUUUAUACUAAGAAUUGCUUAUGGAGAGAGAGAGAGAGAGAGAGAGAGAGAGAGAGAGAGAGAGAGAGAGAGAGAGAGAGAGAGAGAGAGACCACCCCCAGACACGCUUAGACCACAUUCUCAGACCACAUUCUCAGACCACAUCACAAAUGCUCCUCAGAAUACUGACAGGUUAUGCAAAACUUCCUUUUUAUAUUUCGAUAAGAAUGCCAUAUAGCCUUUUCUGAAACAGAAUGUCUGGGGAGAUAGAAAACAGAAGUAUUUGUCUAUCUAUAACUGAUACUAGGUCCCAGUAGUGUAAAAAAAUAGGAGCAAAAUUUUUGCAUAAAAUUCAAAUUUGUACAUGAACUUGUAAAGUUACUAUAGAGCUGCUUAAGCAACAUGUGAGCCAUGUGUUACCAUAUAUUAAUAAUUGAUUUUUAAGUAUACUUAUGAAUAUAAAAUUAAACAAAAUACAAACGAUAAAAAUAGACAAACAUCUUGUGUUGAUAAGUACUGUUAUGGCUUAAAAAUAACUAUGAUGUGAAAACUUGAAAACCCCAUUUAUUCCUUGUUCAAUAAACUUAAAAAAAAGAUUCCUGACAGGGGUCAGACUCAAGUGUGCGGACGAGGCUGAGGAGUGGGAGGACACUGGAGAUCUACGCACCCCAGACCCAUCAGGAUGAGUCACCAGCCUGAAGACUCA